UCUGACGACAAACAAAUAUGCAUUGUUGAACAGGUGGUGUGGUGGUAAACCGAUCUGUUAGAACUUAGAACAUUAAGUAGAAGGGUAAGAAUCAUUCAAGUUAAAAGUUAAUUUUGCUAAGUAUCAAUUAAUUGAACCCUAACAUUUUUUAUUGGGAUGACUUCGAAAGAGGCCCUUUCAUGUACACCUCAUGAAGAUAUUGUUUCUAAAGGAACAUUUCGCUUCAAAGUUUGGAAUUUAUUGGAAAACAAAGAUCUUGUACGAUUUCCACGACCUUGUAAAGGAAGGAUUCCAAACUUUGUUGACUGUGUAGCGGCUGCAAAAAAACUGUCAUCACUUGACAUUUUUAAAAAUGCUGAAAAUAUUAAGGUUAACAUUGACAAACCGCAGGAGCCAGUUCGAUUUGCAGUUCUUGAAGAAAAUAAGACUCUUUUGGUUCCGAUUCCUAGACUUGCAAAUGGUGUGCUUAUGAAAGUCUGUCUUCCUGAAGAUGUCAAUAGACAUGUACUAAGAACAGCUUGCAAAAUGCGUGGUAUAAACCAAUAUGGUAAAGUUGUUGAUCAAGAUGAAAAAAUCCAUGUUGACAUGAUUGUUUUGGGAUCUGUUGCAGUAUCAAUGGAUGGCCAAAGGAUUGGUAAAGGAGAAGGUUUCUCAGACCUGGAAUAUGCUGUUUUGGCUUCCACAGGAGCUGUUGAUGACAACACUGUGUUGGUCACCACUGUACAUGACGAGCAGGUAUUCGAAUCGUUACCACAAGACUUGUUUAAGCCUUUUGAUGUGCCUGUUGAUUAUAUAAUCACUCCUACAAAGGUGAUCAAAGUCGCUCCUCGUCCUGAUAAGCCUAGAGGCAUGAUGUGGAAUAUGGUGUCUGACAGACGCUUGCAGCUAAUCCCGUUACUGAAGGAACUGAGAGGGAAAGAUAUGGACGAGGGAAAGGACUGCACAUUGAAAGAGGUGGACUCUGAGCCAGAGGACCGGCCUAGACCCUACUUCCGACCACCUUUUCCUCCGUACCAGCGCCGGCGUCCUUUGUAUUCGAGACAGCAGCAGCAGUACAGCCAAGGCUCACGUUCUCGCUCUCGUAGUGUGUCGCAUGAACCCAGGGAAAGACGCACUCGCACAUUCCGACGUGGUGGCCCUCGACCCAAGCAGGUGGAUGGGGCCGGCGAUGCCAAUGUUAUGACAAAUGGACACAGAGAACAUAUUGAGACUAAGUUAGACAGGAAGCAAAACAAUGAUAAUAAAGAAAAUCAGCUCAACCAAACAAAGCCUCAACCUAGAAAAAGAAUGCACCGCCGGUUUCUCAGGGGAAGGGUACCCUUGGAAUUCAGCGUCAAGGUGAGCAACAUUGACUCCACAGUGAGGGUACGGGAUUUGAAGAAUGCUCUCAUAGAGAAGGGUGUGAAGCCUCAUGAUAUCACCUGGAAAGGACAUAGAGGUGUUGCCUAUCUUCAUUUUGCCAAGUUGAAGACCCAGCCAGAAAAUCCACCAGGAGUAGAUGACGUCAUUGCUUCUUUGCAAGGAUUGAAAGUCAAGUGCAGAUCUGAGGAACAGGAAGAGGCCAAGGAAUCACUAUUGUCUUUUGAAGUUGCUCAAACGAGCUCAAGAGUUGAAGAUGCAGGAAUCACUUCUGUUUAAGUUUUCUUCAAGACUGUUCUAGUAUUCAUCCAAAAAGGUUUUUUUUUGAUACUCAGGUUUUAGUAUCACUGGAAAAAUGUUUUUGUUUGUUAUGCUUUUUGUUAUCUUAUGUUUUUUUUAUGUUUAUAUAAACAGUCUGAUGAUUGUAUUUUUUAGUAGUCAUAUUUUAUGAUCAAUGAUGAUGAAGCAUACUAAUUAUGUUCAAGUAUUUUAAGUGCAUUGUUUCAACUUAAAACACUAGUCAUUUACCAAAGAUAGUCUUUUUUAGGAUUCUAAUAUCUUAAAACUAUAUCUCAAUAUAAUAAUUACUGUUUUAUUAUGAUACUUUUCUUACACCAUGGAAACUUUUAUAAAAUCGAUACAUUCAUAAGAAUGUCAAUAAGGCAUCGUUAAGUUACAUUGUUUACUUUUCUUAUUACAAAUCACCUUAUAGGGAUGAUCUCUUAAGUCAAUCUUAAGAUGGUCUCUUAAGUCUCCUAGUCAAUGUGGUGGGUAAUACCCACCACACCUAGUCCUUGGCACCUUGGCUGAAAACUUUUGGACCUGAAAAAAACCUUGACUGAAUUGUUACAAAGUUUACAGUACCUGUUUUUGAAGUACAAAUUUUAGUUUUACUGCCAGUUAUCUAUUCUUACAGAAGUAUUUUACAGGUUUUUGUUCUAUAACUUGUCAAAAUAUUUAAGACAGCUGCAUGACAAUGAAGUUUAGUAUUUUUAUAAUGGUUUUGUUAUUUGUAAUAAAAAAAAAAAUUUU